CUUGUCAUCCCAAAAAGAAAAGCUUUUCACUUUGGUUUUCCUUGCCCAAAAAGAAACUAACCCCCUUCGGCCUUCCCUAUAUCUUCCUCUUCAAAAACCCCCUCGGCCAAAUUACUAAGAGUCUGAGUUGAUUAUUCUGAAUCAAAGUUGUGCGUGGAAGAAGAUGUUCAGAAACCAGUACGAUACGGACGUAACAACAUGGAGUCCCGCUGGACGUCUGUUUCAGGUAGAAUACGCCAUGGAAGCAGUGAAGCAAGGUUCUGCUGCAAUUGGCCUUCGAUCUAAGACCCAUGUGGUAUUGGGUUGUGUUAACAAAGCCCAAUCUGAACUUUCCUCUCAUCAGCGUAAGAUCUUCAAGGUUGAUGACCAUAUUGGUGUGGCUAUUGCUGGUCUUACUGCUGAUGGUCGUGUUCUCUCAAGAUAUAUGAGAUCCGAAUGCAUCAACUAUUCCUUCACUUACGAGUCUUCUCUCCCUGUUGGACGCCUUGUUGUUCAACUUGCUGAUAAGGCCCAGGUCUGCACACAACGUUCGUGGAAGCGGCCAUAUGGUGUUGGUCUGUUAGUAGGUGGUUUGGAUGAAUCUGGAGCUCAUCUGUACUACAACUGCCCAAGUGGAAAUUACUUUGAGUAUCAGGCUUUUGCUAUUGGGUCACGCUCACAGGCUGCUAAAACAUACUUGGAACGCAAAUUUGAGACAUUUGAUGGUGCUUCACGGGACGAACUGAUUAAACAUGCACUCUUUGCUAUAAAGGAAACCUUGCAGGGAGAGAAGCUCAAGAGCUCCAUAUGCACAGUUGCCGUGGUGGGAGUUGGGGAACCAUUCCAAGUUUUGGAUCAGCAGACGGUCCAGGAUUUGAUCAACUCAUUCGAGAUAGUCGAGGAAGAGGGCCCUGCCACUGACGAAGCAGGUGCUGCACCAGAGCAGGAAGCUGCUCCUGCUGCCGACCAGGGUGGAUCAGAACAAGGUGCUGCCCCUAUGGAAGAAUGAAGAUUAUAUAGAUCAUCUCUAGGGUUUGCAUGAGCCUUUCUGGUGAUGGACUGCUAAGAGGACUGGUAGGAUGCUGAAUGUGAUUGGAUGUUCUAUCUUCAUUUCUUUUCAUUUCUAUCAUUGACUAGUAGGAUGUUGGAAGUAUGAUGUGUUUUGAGAUGUCAAUGGUUGGAUUUAUGUGGAUUCACCCACUUUUUCUUA